AUGUGCCAGAGACAGAGAGUUUAGGAAAGUAUGUUCCCUUCCCUCCCCCCCCUGCCAGUGGAAUGGUUCAUUCCCCUACUGGAUCCAUCCUCUCAUUCCAAGACUUUUUUUUGUGUGUGUGCAUGAGAGAAGAGAGAGGGAGAGAGGAGAAGAGAGAAGUCAGGACUGGAGGUUUCUUCUGUGGAGGCAAAUUUCACCGGUGUCCUCUCCGCUCGCAGAUCAGCCCUUUGUCUGGGAUAUGUUCUCUUAGGAACUGCCAGGAGACGACGACUUGGAUCAUCGAGAAUCCCUGCGAAUAGUCCUUUAACUCCGGGAGACAAGGGGGAGAGCAUGCUUUUUCUUUUCGUAUGGAUAUUUACGCUGCCCAGCACACUUUGUCAAGCCCUGCAGCCUCGCUUCCUCCAGGAGCCUAAUGACCAGACGGUGGUAGCCGGGCAGAGGGUAGUCCUAACAUGUGUGGUGCUCAAUUACUCGGGGAUUGUACAGUGGACCAAAGACGGACUGGCGCUCGGUCUGGGCAAUCUAAAGAUCUGGCCGCGCUAUCAAAUCGUUGGAAACCCGGACGCGGGGCAGUACAACCUGGAAAUUACCCACGCCGGCAUUGACGAUGAUGCCAAUUUCGAAUGCCAAGCCACCGAAGCUGCCCUGAGAUCCAAAGGAGCUAAACUGAACGUGUUAAUUCCUCCAGAUGACCCUAUUAUAGAGAACGGCUCAAAGGAAAUCCUUCUAAGAGCUGGGACCCCAACUAACCUCACCUGCCGGGCUGAAAAUGCCAAGCCUGCCGCCUCUAUAGAAUGGUUCAGAGACGGGAAUCCACAGGAAGGUGCUGUUACCAGCACGAUGGUUCUGUCGGAUGGAAAACGCGAGACCACAACGAGCUACCUACUGAUCGUCCCUACAGACCAAGACAUUGGAAGAGUCUUCACCUGUAAGACGUCCAAUGACGCCAUUCCAACCGGAAAGGAGACCUCCGUCAAGCUGGACGUUCACCACCCGCCCACUGUCACUCUGUCCAUCCACCCCCAAACAGUGCUAGAGGGUGAACGGGUGCGAUUUACCUGCAUGGCCACCGCUAACCCAGCCAUUAAAGGUUACAGGUGGGCCAAAGGGGGCGUCAUCAUCGAAGCGGCCAGGGAAAGUUCGUACGAGACGCAGGUGGAUUAUACUUUUUUCACGGAGCCGGUCUCGUGUGAAGUGCACAACGAGGUCGGAAGCACGAACGUCAGCACUCUGGUGGAUGUGCAGUUUGCCCCCAGAAUCGUUGUUGACCCCAAGCCUGUAAUUACGGACAUGGGCUCCGACGUGACCCUGACCUGCAUCUGGACGGGAAAUCCUCCCCUUACUCUGACGUGGACCAAGAAAGGAUCAAAUAUGGUUUUAAGCAACAGUAACCAACUAUUUCUGAAGUCUGUGAGCCAGGAAGAUGCAGGAAAGUACGUGUGCAAAGCCAUCGUACCCCGUAUCGGAGUAGGGGAGAGGGAGGUGACACUGUUCGUGAAUGGUCCUCCGAUCAUCACCAGCGAGGGAGAACAGUACGCGGUGCGAGGAGGAGUGGGGAAGGUUGAGUGUUUUAUUGGAAGCACCCCGCCUCCGGACCGGAUUGUCUGGGCCUGGAAGGAGAAAAAUUUAGAGACUGGAACUAUGGAUAGAUAUACCGUUGAACAGACAAAAACAGACAGUGGCGUACAGUCCACCCUCACUAUCAACAAGGUCAUAGACAUAGACUUUGAGACCAGCUACAACUGUACAGCAUGGAACAGCUUUGGCUCGGGAGCAGCCAUCAUUAAGCUCGUAGAGAAAGAAGUGGUACCAGUAGGGACCAUUGCCGGGGCAACUAUCGGAGCUGGGAUUCUGGUCAUCAUCUUCUUUGUCUUCUUCAUUUUCUUCCUGUAUCGACGUCGUAAAGGCAGCCGCAAGGAUGUCACACUAAGGAAGCUCGAUAUCAAAGUAGAGACAGUCAAUCGGGAACCUUUAACCAUGCACCCUGACAGGGAGGAGGACACAUCUAGUGUUUCUACUGCAACGCGUGUCAUGAAAGCCAUCUAUUCGUCUUUUAAGGACGAUGUGGACCUGAAGCAAGACCUACGCUGUGACACCAUUGACAGGGAAGAGUAUGAACUCAAGGAUCCAACCAAUGGGUAUUACAACGUCCGGGCUCACGACGACAGGCCGAACUCCCGAACUGUGUUGUAUCCAGAUUACCGUAAUCCUGGACCAGCACGUUUUGAUGCUCGCCCUUCAUCUCGCCUCUCUCACUCCAGUGGUUAUGCACAACUGAACACUUAUAGUCGGGCAGCUACUUCAGAUUAUAGUACAGACCCAACACCCACAGUAACGCCUGCAACAACAGAUACCACCAGUCAACUUUCGUACGAUAACUAUGAAAAAUUUGGGACACAUGGGUUUUCACCAAACUCUGGCUACCCAACAUAUCGACUUGGUUAUACUCAGCCACCCACAACAGGUAUGGAUCGGGGACCAUAUGAUACUUUUGAUCCAGUCGGGAAGUUCACUGGCGCCACCCGGUUCUCAUACACUUCCCAACAUUCCGACUAUGGACAGAGAUUUCAACAAAGAAUGCAGACGCACGUCUAAAGAGUGUAAACUGGUGGGCAUAAGAGGAAAAAAAACAGAGAUGACACUACGUCACAAAAUCUUCUGUAACGUAACAUCUAAAGGCAAGAAAAGACUUCAAAAGGAGAAGCAACCUCUUACCAUGUCUUCUGAUACUCAGGGACCUUAAUGUCUUGAUCUCAGAAGUCCCCAAGAAAACAAUGUUGCCCGACCAGCAAAGCCUUGACACUUUGACAUGGAAAAAGAUGCCAAACAGAAGGCAGGCCUUUUAGUACCUGAUCAUUCCUUGAAUACCACUGAUUUUUUGCCAUCUGGUGUAUGGCAUGACUUUACAAGUCAACUUGGUACCAGUGAAGCUGUUCUUUUCACUUUGAUGAGACCCUAUACUCUUUUGGGCCACAUGUCUGCUUUUCUCACUUUCUUCAUUUGCCACCGAAAAUCUGGUCUUACCAUAGCAGGGUCUUUUUGUAGAUAUACAUUCCAACUUCUAGAAGAAGAGGCAGCAUGAGUUACACAGUUAUGUAGUUCAUAUGAUAUAUAUGUAUGGUCCUAUCUGCUUUCAUGACAGGCUUUAUAAUCUCGGCGUGCAGACAGCUAUAUUUGAAUAGCUACUGUUGGAAAGCGAUGAAAGAAUGAGUCGGACAAUCAAAAAAAUGGGAAUUUUGAUUUGUAUCUCCACUUAUGGAGAACCUUCAGCUAUUGUACUGCUUAGUCCAGCUCUUAGAAGGUACUGGUACUCCUUCAGGAGAUCGAGAUGGUGUAGGGAGUCCAACCAGAAGAGCUAAUUUGCUGCUUUCUUUCGACACAAUCUAUAAUUCCUAACAACCUCUGAGCCAUUAUACAUUUUAUAUAUAUUUUAAUACGAUUUCUUUAAUUACUGAGCACUUCUAGGUGAAGAUUAUUCCAUCCGUGUGCAUAUUGUACAUGUACUUUACACAAAGUCAACAGCAUUCCAGCUUACAAGUAUUCGACCCUUCCAUCCUUGCUUACAUUAAUUUCCAUUUGUAACUACAGCUUGAUCUUUUUGAGUGGCUUCAGUAUGCAAUAAGUAACAGCCAGUGUGGCAUUUGUGAAACUCCAGCACUGCUCUUUGGCUGAGAAAAAAAAAUAAUACUCAGGGAUGAAUGGUCCAAUAUUUUGCUAAAAUGGGUGGUCGCUUGUACAAAGCAGUAUUAGGUCUCAUGGUUCAAGUGGUACAUGAAAAUCCAAAAGAUUGCUUAAUAGAUAUGGUCAUUAGUAAUGGAGGCCACUCAUAUGGGAGUAAGAUACUGAAGUCAAACAAGCAAAGUUAGGUCAUAUACAGGUUGUGGGCCAUAUUUCAUAUUUAUGACAUAUGUUACACAACAGUGAAAAACAGACUACAAAACCAAUCUUUCAUAGUCAGAAUCGCACAAGGGUCAAAUACAUCAUAGCUGAAUUUAGAUCCACAGGUAAAAAAAUUCAUCUGUACACGUUGGUGCUUGGUCCAAGUCUUGUAAUGGUAAAGCAAUACUUUCAAACGGAAUAAAAGAAACCCGUUUUACGGCUUGGCCGAGUGUGAAAAAUGUGAGAGGGGAAUAAGACUCCCUUAGAAAUCAAACAUGCCUAACCCUUAUUUUCCCGAACACUUGCCACUGGGGGACAAGCCACCCAGAACGGACAAGUUCGGCCAACAUUCCUCUAAUGUAUAAUAUGGCCACCUUAAGACAUGGAGGUGAAAUAAUGCUUAUAUCGUUUUUAAUCGAUUUCCAAUCAUUUCAAAAUGUUGUCUUAAAGUACUUAGCCCUUGCUUGCUUCUUUAGGUUACACCUAAUGUUUACCAGGCAAAUGAGGGCAUUCUUCUUGGUAUUCGAUAUGGUUUUUACCAUUUUUUUUCUUCCUGUGCCUUGACACAUUAUUGUUAAGGGUUGGUAUUUUUUAGAAAAAAAAAAAAGUUU